AUGAGAUUUUCAAGACUGAACAGGUAUGUUCUGCAGUUAUUCUUCCUGACUACCAAGGACGCAGAAGGAGAUCUCGACAUUAAGAUUUCGAAACUGUUAAGUAAUACACCAGAAACGAAAGAUCUACAGCGUGACGAUAAAUUUUUUGUCAAGAAGUCUUUUGCCUCACUCCACUCUGAGGCUCAAAGAAUUGUCAACGGACCUAAAAACGAUGUACCCAGCUGUAAUCAGGUACUGGUGACGGAGGAAGACGCGAGCCAGCUGCGAAAUUUGCGCAAAAUAUAUUGCCUCCUUAUCGAGAUGGGUAAAGCUGUCAAUGCGGCUUAUGGAGUACAGAAUCUCGUAGAAGUGGUCAGCUGUUUCGUGAGCAUCGUGACGUACAUUUAUAUCAAUGUUGUUGUCUUCUUAGAUCUGAAGCCCGUUUGGCCUGGAAUACCGAGGGGUCAAGUCAUCACCAUGUUCUCUCUGUGGAUUGGACUCAUGGUGGGGCGUCUACUGACCACAGCGUACAGCAGCGACAUGGUUGUGCAAGAGACCGCCCGCACACAGCGGCUGGUCCAGAAACUUCUGCUGUUACCGCUGCCUGCUAGAAGCGGCUGUCCAGACGAGCUUCAGCUCUUCGGAGAGCAGAUGGCGCGCAGUCGACUGCGCUACAGUGCAGCGGGGUUCUUCACGCUCGACCUGUCUCUGCUGAGGAGCUUCACAGCCACCGUCACCACCUACGUCGUCAUCCUCGUCCAGUUUGGACUGUCUGGCGCGAACAAGCAGCAGAACAGCAGCGCCGCUGAAUGCAGAUGUUAA